AAUUCAGACUGACGUAUACUUUAGCGAAACAUGUUGGUGGCGGUGAUUAUACGGUGGUUUUCAGUUUUAUAUUUCACAAUUUUUGUUAACGGCACUUUAACCGGUGAAUUGAAAAUCGCUGGAAUUUUUGAAAAUAUUCAACUCCAUCAAACAGCGUUCGCCUACUCCAACAACCUAUAUAAUUUCGAGAAGGAAUCCAAAGAUGUUGCAGUUUCUCAUAUAGUGGACUCUAGUAUAUUGAAAGAUGAACCUUUCACAGCCCUCAAAGGAACUUGUUUAUUCCUCAAACAAGGCAUAGUAGGAUUAUUUGGUCCUCAAUCAUCGCUUAAUUUGGAUAUAGUACAAUCUUUAACGGAAAGAAAAGACAUUCCUCACAUCUUAACAAGAUGGGUGAAUCCGUCACAAAUGGGUUUUCAAACAAUCAAUUUCCAUCCUAGUCCCUUUAAUUUGGCCGAAGGAUAUUUGAGUAUCAUUGAAGCCUUAGAAUGGGAAUCUUUCACUAUUCUUUAUACUGAUAUAGACCAUUUAUUACAAAUAACUGAUUUGAUAGAAAGAGCGAAAGACUAUGGAAAAAUUGUUUAUACUGAAAAUGUAGAUCCUUACAAAAACGGAGAUUAUAGAUCAAUUCUCAAAAAUGCUGCAAGAUCUGGUCAAAAAAAUUUCGUUUUGGAUUGUCCUAUAAAAGAUUUAACAAACCUCCUCACUCAAUUACAACAAGUUGGAUUGUUGUCAAGUGGCUAUAACUAUUUUAUGACUAAUUUGGAUUCUCACACGGAAGAUUUAAGUUCUUUCAUGUACAGCGAUGCUACUAUAACAGGGGUGCAUCUAACGCAGCCAAAUGCUGAAAUGACAGCUCGAGCAUCCAAGGAACUUUGUCAUUUGUACAACAUAACUUUCAAGUUGGAUUGCGGUACACCGGAAAUAGAUACAGAAACAGCUUUGAUUCUCGAUUCUGUCAGUAUAUUUUUACAAACUAUCAAGAGCCUAGAAAUAACUCAAGGUCAAAUAAUAACUUGUGACAGUGAUGACAGUUGGCCUUACGGACUAAAUGUGAUCAACACUUUGAAAUCGGGCUCUUACGAAGGUAUAACAGGAACGAUCGAAUUCGGUAAUGAUGGAUUCAGAAAUGUUUUCCAGUUAACUAUUUAUCAAUUAGAAGGUGCUGUUAUCGAGAAAGGUAGUUGGAAUACCAGUACCGGCUUAAGCGAAGACGCUGUUUUAACAUUUGAUGAAGAACCUCAAGAUGAUGAAGCAGCAGAUUUACAAGAUAGAAAUUUGAAAGUAUUGAUAGCAUUGACUCCUCCUUAUGCUCAACUUAGGGAAUCAGCUCGGCGUUUAACGGGAAAUGAACGAUAUGAAGGAUUCGCUAUAGAUUUAAUUGAAGAAAUAGCGUCAUUAGAAGGAUUCGAAUAUACGUUUUCAGUAAGAGAAGAUCACAAACAUGGUGUUUUCGAUACAUUGUCUGGGAAAUGGACUGGUAUGAUUGGAGACGUAAUAGAAGGACGUGCUGAUUUAGCAAUCUCAGAUCUUACAAUUAAUAAAGAACGAGUAGAACCAGUUGAAUUCACACAGCCUUUCAUGGCUCUUGGUAUUAGUAUUCUCUUCCGGAAGCCAGUUGAGCUACCUCCAAGUUUUUUUCAUUUCACCGAACCUUUCUCCAUAAGUUUUUGGCAAUAUCUAGGAAUUGCUUACGUUGUGAUAGUGUUUGCGCUAUUUUUGAUUGGAAGAUUAUCACCUAAUGAAUGGCAGAGAGUUGAGACAUGUAAACAGAGCAAAAAGUACUUAGAAACCGAUCUCACAUUUUUAAACAGCUUAUGGUUUGUAUCCUCGGCGCUUUUCAGGCAAACAACAAACGUUAAAAUCAACUCAAUUUCUGCUAGAAUAAUUUCUGCAACGUGGUGGCUGUUUUGUAUUGUCUUAGUAUCCAUGUACAUCUCAUUUUCUUUGUCAAGAGAUGCCAUAGUGAUUACAGAAGAAAUGUUUAAUGACGCACCUUCUUUUCUGGAAUACGUCGAAGAAAAUGAUAUCAAGUAUGGAGCAAUGAAAGGAGGAUCUACAGAAGGAUUUUUCAAGAAUUCCAAGAAUCCUUAUUAUGAAAAAAUAGCACAGUACAUGAACGACCACCCUGAAGAUAUGACAGCUACAACAGCUGAGGGUAUUGAGAGAACCUUGGAAGGAAACUAUGCUUUUUUCAUGGAAUCAGCAACUAUCGAAUAUACAACGAGGAGACACUGUAAUUUGACCAGUUAUGGAGGUCUCUUGGAUGAAAAAGGUUUUGGGAUAGCUGUGAAAAAGGGCUCACCAUUAUUAGUUCCAUUCAACAAAGCCAUUAUAAAACUGCAAGCAUCCGGAGAGCUCAUACGAUUAAAAAGAAAAUGGUGGGAAGAAAAGUAUGCGGGAGAUGUAUGCGAAGAGGACGCUGGUUCGAAAGUGGCUCCGAAAACUGUAGAACAUGUCAAUGGAAUUAUAGCGAUUACAUUUUCUGGAAUUGCUAUAGCACUAGUGAUAGCUUUGCUAGAGUUUGUCGUUCAUGUCUAUCGAAUAAGUAGAAGAAUGAAACAGCCUUAUGGUAAAUCUUUUAGUGAUGAAUUGAAGAAAUCUUUUGCCCGAAAACGUACUGUUCAAAGCGUCGAAGAUAUUGGACUCACCAAACCAGAAAGCGGAAGUAAUUUUUCUAUAAACAAGCAAGAUGCUUGAUGCGUACUCACAAUUCAAUGUUUUUGUCAAUAUUAGGGAAUAAAUAAAAAUAUUACAUUUUGA